UUGUCCAGCAGCUCCACACAGGAAGAGCACAGAGUGAAAGUGAGGAAGAAGAAGCCAUCUUUGUUCAGCAGCUUAAUCAUCAUCUUCAACAUCUGAAGCACCAAGAUGCUGACUGUGUCUCUACUGGUUUGUGCCGUGAUUGUUCUGGCUGGAGCUGAUGACGCUCCUGCUGAAGUUGCCCAAUCUCGUUGUCCUGAUGGUUUUGAGGAGUUCAAAGAUCGCUGUUUCCACUACGUUCCAAAAGUGAGGAACUGGGCCGAUGCUGAGACAAACUGCCAGAGCAUGAAAGCAAACCUUGCAUCCGUGCACAGCGUAGAGGAGUAUCAGUUCAUUCAGGGGAUGAUUACAGCACAGACUGAUAGCUUUCCAAAAAGCUGGAUCGGAGGCACUGAUUGCCAACAGGACGGUUCUUGGCUCUGGAGUGAUGGCAAAGUUUUCCUCUAUGCAAACUGGUGUCUAGGGGAACCUGACAAUGAAGGUGGCAGCCAGUGUUGCACAGAAAUGAAUUUUGGAGUUGGAAAAUGCUGGAAUGACAUUGAUUGUUCCUCCAGACUCCCUUCUGUCUGUGGCCUCAGCCUGUAGUAGCUCCUGAGCUGACACACACAGAUCAAACACACACACACACACACACACACACACACACACACACACCUGCUGGAUGUGUGACAGUGUGAUUGUCUCUGUGUCAUCAGUCUCAUGUGUAAUCACAUCUGUAAUUCUGUGCUGAAGGGAUGGAGCGAGCAGUAACCAGGAGCUGGACUUCCUCUUUGUUCUUUAAUAAGAGGAGACUGAACGUGUCAUCAAGAGACACUUGGAGCACAAACUAAUCUUUGAUGCACAAUAAAAAUGUGGAGCAUUGAAACAA